AUGACAUGGAGCCACCCUAUUAGGCUUCUGCUUAUGAUCAGUUUAGUGUUACAGAUCAUCCAUUUGGGAAACAGCUAUCAAAGAGAGAAACAUAAAGGCAGUAGAGAAGAAGUCAACAACGCUACAGUUCAGAAGCUCCAACAGAAAACACUCAACUGGACUUUGAAUAAUUUUAGGGAGAUGAAUGGGAGCCUGGAGAGCUGGAGGUCUCAGGACUUAUUUUCCCAUUCCAGGGCUUUCCAAGAGCGUAAGUCCCCAGGCUGUUUUAAAGCCUUUGCAAUCAGCUCAGUCAUUGAACUCCAAACUCUCAGGCGCCAGAUCCCACGUUCUCAGGGGGGGCCCUCUGGCGGAGCAAACACACUAAUCUGGGAGCUAAUUUUAUUGCUUCCCUGUGGCAAUCUCCUCAUGCCCUCUUCCGGCGGGCAGCUCACUAAGCUCCUAGCUGACGCCUUGGCGACCCUCCUAGGUGCAUUCCCGCCCCAGCGUUGCUGUAUGAACGGCGGCACCUGUGUGCUGGGCAGCUUCUGCGUGUGCUCCGUCCAUUUCACCGGCCGUUACUGCGAGCACGACCUGAGGCACAGCGAGUGCGGCAACCUGGUGCACGGAUCCUGGACCCUCUGCGGUUGCCGGCUCUGUAGGUGUGUCUUCGGGGCACUGUACUGCCUUCCUCGCCAGACACCCAGCCACUGCGGUUGA